AUGUCAAUCGACUUCCCCCCGUUCACCAUCAUGCACUUAAAACAAAAUAUGAAAAUUGAAAAAUUAGAAGAAACUCUAAUUAAAACCAAAUGGAAUGCUUUUGUUCAAGCAGGAAUGAGUGUUAUUGCCGGUGACGAUGACAAGUCGGAAACUGAAGAAAGUGACCUGUCAUUAUCAGCAUUGUCAGAGCAGUCAGAAUAUCUCGAAAAGCGUCAAUGGAGAAUAAAAAAAUCUUCUAUGAAUUUAAAUCUGAAAAAGUUCAUUAACAAUUUUCACGAAAAACAUGAUGAGGUAACAAACACGUUAGAAGCAGUGAUCAUAUGUGGAAUGUUGUUGGAAACAAAAAGCAUUCCCUUCGAUGUUCAAGUAUUUCCUUAUUGCGAUGAAAAUAAAAAGCUGGAAAAAGUGCGAUCCAAUCCAAUAUUACCAUAA